GCCCCAUUCCCCGCCCCGCCCGACCCCCAGGUUUCGGCUCACCCCGGGACCCGGCCCUAGCCCCUGCCCCCAGCCCAGGACCGGGACCAGCCACGCUCGCCCAGCCACUCGCCGCCUCGGCCCCGCCCAGCGCUCUGGCCACUCGGCGGUUACCAGCAGGUCCCGCCCGCCCGACGAAGGCGCCGCGCAGCCAAUCAGCGGCUGCCACACAGCGGCCAGAGCCGGGCUUGGGGGUUGGGACCUCCGGCUGCAGGUCCGCCUGGGCCAGACGCGCGAGCGCAGGCACUGGUUUGUGGUCGCGCGCCCGACCUCCGCAGUCCCGGCCGAGCCGCGACCCUUCCGGCCGCCCCCACCCCACCUCGCCGCCAUGCACCUCCGCCGCCUAGCGCUGUUCCCGGGUGUGGCGCUGCUUCUCGCCGCGGCCCGCCUCGCGGCUGCCUCCGACGUGCUAGAACUCACAGACGACAACUUCGAGAGUCGCAUCUCCGACACGGGCUCUGCGGGCCUCAUGCUCGUCGAGUUCUUCGCCCCCUGGUGUGGACACUGCAAGAGACUUGCUCCUGAGUAUGAAGCUGCAGCUACCAGAUUAAAAGGAAUAGUCCCAUUAGCAAAGGUUGACUGCACUGCCAACACUAACACCUGUAAUAAAUAUGGAGUCAGUGGAUAUCCAACCCUGAAGAUAUUUAGAGAUGGUGAAGAAGCAGGUGCUUAUGAUGGACCUAGGACUGCUGAUGGAAUUGUCAGCCACCUGAAGAAGCAGGCAGGACCAGCUUCAGUGCCUCUCAGGACUGAGGAAGAAUUUAAGAAAUUCAUUAGUGAUAAAGAUGCAUCUAUAGUAGGUUUUUUCGAUGAUUCAUUCAGUGAAGCUCACUCCGAGUUCCUAAAAGCAGCCAGCAACUUGAGGGAUAACUACCGAUUUGCACAUACGAAUGUUGAGUCUCUGGUGAACGAGUAUGAUGAUAAUGGAGAGGGUAUCAUCUUAUUUCGUCCUUCACAUCUCACUAACAAGUUUGAGGACAAGACUGUGGCAUAUACAGAGCAAAAAAUGACCAGUGGCAAAAUUAAAAAGUUUAUCCAGGAAAACAUUUUUGGUAUCUGUCCUCACAUGACAGAAGACAAUAAAGAUUUGAUACAGGGCAAGGACUUACUUAUUGCUUACUAUGAUGUGGACUAUGAAAAGAAUGCUAAAGGUUCCAACUACUGGAGAAACAGGGUAAUGAUGGUGGCAAAGAAAUUCCUGGAUGCUGGGCACAAACUCAACUUUGCUGUAGCUAGCCGCAAAACUUUUAGCCAUGAACUUUCUGAUUUUGGCUUGGAGAGCACUGCUGGAGAGAUUCCUGUUGUUGCUAUCAGAACUGCUAAAGGAGAGAAGUUUGUCAUGCAGGAGGAGUUCUCGCGUGAUGGGAAGGCUCUGGAGAGGUUCCUGCAGGAUUACUUUGAUGGCAAUCUGAAGAGAUACCUGAAAUCUGAACCUAUCCCAGAGAGCAAUGAUGGGCCUGUAAAGGUAGUGGUAGCAGAGAAUUUUGAUGAAAUAGUGAAUAAUGAAAAUAAAGAUGUGCUGAUUGAAUUUUAUGCCCCUUGGUGUGGUCACUGUAAGAACCUGGAGCCCAAGUAUAAAGAACUUGGUGAGAAGCUCAGCAAAGACCCAAAUAUCGUCAUAGCCAAGAUGGAUGCCACAGCCAAUGAUGUGCCUUCUCCAUAUGAAGUCAGAGGUUUUCCUACCAUAUACUUCUCUCCAGCCAACAAGAAGCUAAAUCCAAAGAAAUAUGAAGGUGGCCGUGAAUUAAGUGAUUUUAUUAGCUAUCUACAACGAGAAGCUACAAACCCCCCCGUAAUUCAAGAAGAAAAACCCAAGAAGAAGAAGAAGGCACAGGAGGAUCUCUAAAGCAGUAGCCAAACACCACUUUGUAAAAGGACUCUUCCACCAGAGAUGGGAAAACCAUUGGGGAGGACUAGGACCCAUAUGGGAAUUAUUACCUCUCAGGGCCGAGAGGACAGAAUGGAUAUAAUCUGAAUCCUGUUAAAUUUUCUCUAAACUGUUUCUUAGCUGCACUGUUUAUGGAAAUACCAGGACCAGUUUAUGUUUGUGGUUUUGGGAAAAAUUAUUUGUUUUGGGGGGAAUGUUGUGGGGGUGGGGUUGAGUUGGGGGUAUUUUCUAAUUUUUUUUGUACAUUUGGAACAGUGACAAUAAAUGAGACCCCUUUAAA